GACUAUAUUUUGGAUAUUAAUCGAUUAAACAAUUUAUUGAAAAAUAAUGAAAUUCAUUUUUUGAGCAAUUUGUUUCCACCUGCAAAUGUAGAAUUAGACGAAGAGGUCAACGAAUAUUUAGAUAAUAAUGAAGUUGAAUGCUCUAAUCCACAAGGGUCAAAAGAAAGCAAUAAACCACAAGAAACAAAGGAUCAUUAUAAAAUCGAAUCAACUGAAACAACCUGUCCUAGAAACAAUUUAUUAAGAAAGAUCGGUUUUUUCAUUAUGAUAUUCAUCAUCAUAGGAUUAUUUCUUUAUGUGAGUGUAAUCUAA